CCUCCAUACAUUCGUUGUGCAUAGUGUUGCUUUGGAAUAGAUACUCUGUUCACUGGACCAGAAGGUGGUGGAACUUCUUUCUUGGAUCCGUUAAAGCAAUGGGAUUGUCAAGUAACUGUGCUAAGACAAUCAAGAUCCAGCAGUGUGUGAAAUUGCCUGAUUCCAAAUAUCUUCACAUCAACGAUGAGCUCGCUGGGUGCUUUGGUACCGAAGAUCAUGGCGACAGGCGGACGGCCCUCGUUCUCAGUCCGUUCGGCAAGAAUGUCUGGCCUGUCAAGGUCGACCGAGACGCCAAAGGGGCAUUCCUGGGUGAUGGGUGGCCACAGUUUGUUGCCGCGCACGGUAUCGGCGUUGGCUGGUACUUGGUGAUCCGGCAUGAAGGGUGCGGCGUGCUCACUCUAAAGGCGUUCGACGCCAGCUUUGUCAUUAAAGAGUUCGGCCUGACUAUCACUGUUUUGAGCCCAGCCGAGAUUGAGAACGCCUUUGCUCGUAAGCCACAGUUCAUCGUGCCACUCCAGAGAAGUUUCAUGGAAAAGAUGCCUAUUCCUCCCAAGUUUCUGCAACGAGGAUACAUCUCGGAAGAAGACCUGAACAGACCGAGACCGAUCGCCACUUUUUUAACAUCCUGGCAUAUCGAGCUCAAGAAGGAUGGCCCGAAUGUCUUCUUCACUGGUUCCGAAUGGCCAAAGUUUCUGGCCUACUUUGAAAUUGCUGAAACUGAUGUCCUGCUGAUCAAGUAUCAGGGGUGCAUGAACUUCUCAUUCGAGACCUUCCAAAAUGGGAAUAAUGAGCACAUCGAGGAAAAAACAAGCUCGUCUCAGCAAAGCGAGCAAUCACCUGCAGCACAAUGCCAAGAGGAAGAACAUGUUUCCACUCGGAGAAGGACACAAAACAAUGGCAAAAUACCUGGAGCACAAAGCCAAGAGGAAGAACAUGUUUCCACUCGGACAAGGAAACAAAGCAAUGGCAAAACACCUGGAGCACAAAGCCAAGAAGAAGAACCUGUGUCCACUCGGACAAGGAAACAAAGCAAUGGCAAAACACCUGGAGCACAAAGCCAAGAGGAAGAACAUGUUUGCAGCCGGAAAAGGAAACAAAGCGAAGUCAAAAGCAUGCUAGACGGAUCCACAACUUCACAGCACCGAAAGAAGGCUCUCUGCGAGCUUGGGUCGACGGGGUCGCAGGCUUGGUUAAGGAAGGAGAUCAACGAACUCGCGCUUAAAAGAUAUCUUCAUUUUCCAGCGCGCUUUGGAUUCCUGGAGCGUUGCAAGAUCACGCUCAAGUCCGUGGAGAGGAACAAGUCUUGGGAGGUGGAAGGUGUCAACUACCAUCCAGGCACCAGCAGGUCCUAUAAUUGUCUUACGAGAGGCUGGAAGGCCUUCUGUAAGGAGAACGAGCUCAAGGCAGGAGACAUCUGCACCUUCAAAGUCGUCAACAGCACGCUGUGGCAUGUUGUCAUCGACCACUGCUAGAAAUACGGUUCAUUGAUGAUCAUGGCUGAUGGCGGACCUGCUGGUUUUGCAAACCUAAGUAGUAUCAUGAUGAAUAUUGUGGUGACAUGAUAAUCCACAGCUGGUGUUGGUUUCUGGCUUUUGGACAUGAUAACCUGCUAGGAGUUUGUGUUCCAUGACUUGUGAUUAGGUGGUUGGCUUGUCAAGGCAUGAUAUUUAACCUGCUAGGAGUUGGUUUUAUCGCUGUAAUGCAGCAGUGCGCUAUAUUUAUUGUUUAGCCUCAGUGCUCCUAUUAGUCUA